UUUAGUAUCACGGAGUGUCCCGACCUUUGAGCUCAGCGGGGCGGGAGCGACGCCCGGGCCAGAGACGGGGGCGACAGCAGCGGCAUGGCGACAGUUCUGACCCAGGACGCGGUGCUCCACUUCCUGCAGAGCAGCGGCGGCUCGGUGAAGAACUCCGACCUGCUGCUGCACUUCCGGGCCUUCAUCCGGGACCACGCGGACCGGGACCGGAACCGGGACCUCUUCAAGAAGUUCGUCAACUCCGUGGCGACCGUCAAGCAGACCGACGGCGUAUCCUACGUGAUCCUGCGGAAGAAGUUCAGAGGACACGUCCCCGGAGGGGGUACCGGAGGGGACACCGGAGGGGGCAGGAGCAGCGAGCCGGCCGCGGAGAGGCGCUGGGCGGGGAGGGAAGAGGCGGGACCCGCCCCGCCGGGAGAAGCUGCGAAAAAAACAAUCCUACCUGCCGCGGGGAUCGUGCUGAACAACAACAAGGUGAAAGAAAGUGAGCAGCGAGUGAGCAGCACGCCCGGACCUGCAGGGAGACCUGGACCUGAUCCAAGACCUGGACCUGGGCCUGCUGAGAGACCUGAAUCGAGAGCUGCAGGGAGACCUGGACCUGGGCCUGGACCUGGACCUGAAGACAGACCUGGACCUGGGCCUGCAGGGAGACCUGGACCUGCAGAGAGACCUGAACCAGCAAGGGGACGUGAACCUGGACCUGCAGAGAGACCUGAAUCUAGAGCUGCAGGGAGACCUGGACCUGGACCAGCAGGGAGACCAGCUGCAGGUCCGGUUCCGGAGCAGAAGACCUCUGGUCAGGAUGAACCUGCUCCCCCAUAUCAGGACUUUCAGGGUCGGCAGCAGAGGACCGAUCCAGUCCCGCUCCAUGGCAGCACAGCUGGACCCCCUGCUGUCCAUCAACCCAGAGAACUGGACCAGCGUGUCCCAGAGUCCCUCAGGGGGAAACCUCCGGGUACUGCUCCUCAGAACUUUCAGGACCCAUCCCACCAGAACCUACACUAUCCCCCCCACCAGAACAUCCGGGACCGCUCUCCACGGAACUAUAGAGACCCGCCCCUCCAGAACUUUCCAGACUUCUCUCCCCAGAAUUUUCAGGACUCCGUUCAGAACCUUCAUUACCCGUCACACCAGAACCUUCGGGACCCUUCUCCCCAGAACUUCCGGGACCCUUCUCCUUCUCCCCAGAACUUCCGGGAUUUUUCUCCUUCUCCCCAGAACUUCCAGAACCCUUCUCUCCAGAACUUCCGGGACCCUUCUCCUUCUCCCCAGAACUUCCGGGAUCUUUCUCCUUCUCCCCAGAACUUCCAGAACCCUUCUCUCCAGAACUUCCGGGACCCUUCUCCCCAGAACCCCUCUCUCCAGAACUUCCAGAACCCUUCCCUCCAGAAGCUUGAGAACCCGUCUCAUCGGACCCUUCCUGAACCCUCCCAGCAGGCUCAGAUUGCCCAGCGCCGGGUCCGACACCGGCAGAGCUACAAGACCGCCGUGUCUUAUGACGAGGAUGAGGAGGAGGAAGAGGUUUCCAGGCGCCAGCAGGUCCCCUCUGGACCGGUGCCGCCCGGCAGCGCUCCCCUCCAUGACCCGAGGAGAACCACCUCCGCCUCCUCUCCUGCUCGCCACUCCGUCGUCUCCUCCUCUUCCUCCUCUUCAUCAGAAAGGACUCUCCCCAUGAUCUACAUCCAGGACGUGGAGGACCAGACGCUGACCCCCGAGGAUCCGGACCGUGGCUCAGAGCCGGGGGCGGCGCCGAGGGGACAGUGGGCCAGGCCAGCGUGGGAACCCGGGGCCGUCCCGGGGGGGUUUACGUCCAGACGCAGUCUGCCUUUGGAGGCGGAGUGCUACCACGGGGCCGAGGCAGCAGUGCAUCAUGGGUACCAGCGGGCCUCGGGGUGGAGCGGCAGUGCGGAGGAUCUACAGGCCAGAGCAGCAGGAGACCGUGCGGUUUGGGCUGGAAACCAGGCGGCUCGCCAUGAGACCGCGAUGCAGCACGCCGGCAGCGAAACCGCCGUACCGUGGCGUCAGUCGACGGGCGACCUGUACGACGAGCCUCCGACGCGCCGCUCCACGGACCGCCUCCACAUGGAUCAGGGCUUCAGAGCUCGAAUCAUGCCGUGGCACCUCUCCACAGGCGACCUGUACGACGACCACGGCGAGGCGGAAUCCAGCGAGGGCUCCGUCUCGUCUCCUCAGCUGCGUCUGAGCGGCAGGCUGAGGAACCGCAUGUGCCGCAGCCUGGGAGCAGAUCUGGACCAGCUGAUCCACGACGAGGCCUCGGGAGGACUGGGGGACGGCGGCGGCGGCGGAGGGAGAGGAGCGGCUGAAUCCCGAGGAGGGGGAGGGGGCAGCGAAGCCGCCCGGCUGGUCCGCCUCCACCGGAUCUCCUCGUCCCUCAGCCUGAGGUACCUGUCGUCGUCCUCGCUGUCGUCCUGCUCCACGCCGCCGCGCUGCCACAGCCUGGCCGACCUGACGGAGGCAGAGGACAGGAAGGGAAGGAGGCGGAGCCUCCCCGCCACCAGCCCCGCCCACAGCUCCGCCCACAACAUGGACCAGGAGAGCCGUGGGAGACAGUCCCUGGUUCCUCUGGAGCCUCGGGAGCACGCCUGGCUGGUGAAGGCGGCGGCGGGCGCCUGGCCGGACAUCUACUCCCUGUUCAGAGAGGACCCGUCUCUCCUCAACAGGCAGGACUUCAUCUCCGGCUUCACCGUGCUGCACUGGAUCGCCAAACACGGAGACCACCGAGUGCUCAACACGCUGUGGUACGGCGUCGACAAGGCCGGGAUGACCUUCGACGUGGACGCCAAGUCGACGAGCGGCCAGACGGCGCUCCACCUCGCCGCCAUCCACGGCAACAAGAACAUCCUGCGGCUGCUGGUCACCAAGUUCAAGGCCAGCGUGAGGCUGCGGGACACGGCGGGGAAGAAGGCGUGGCAGUACCUGAGCCGCAGCGCUCCGCUCGAGAUGUUCCAGCUGCUGGGGGCGCCGGCGAGGGCCGCCGUGACCGGCGCCGGCGUGGCCAAGGCCGACUCCACCUGGGACCAGCAGCAGCAGCAGCGCCGCCGCCGCCACCACCUCUCCAUGGCCUCCUCGGCGCAGAGGCCGCUCAAACUGGCCGGGGGGACGAAGGUGAAGAGGUCCUCGUCCAUCGCAGCGUUCCUCAAGCACAAAUCUCUGCUGCGCAUUUAUGGACAUCACGCAGACUCCCCUCUUUAGGAACACCUGGUGGGACCAGGUCCCAGGUCCCAGAGCCCGGGACUCUCCAGGUCCCAGAGCCCGGGACUCUCCAGGUCCCAGAGCCCGGGACUCUCCAGGUCCUUGUCUCGCUGUCUUCUCUCACCCCAUCACCUUUACAGGAGGAUUUACAUGAAUUCGUCGACGUGACUUCAGGUCUGCCCGCCGGGUCUGGAACUGGUCUAGAACACUAAUGGGGACCCUCUUUGAAGGGCCCAACGAGUCCCAGAGGUCCUCGAGGCUUCGUCUGCUCUCAAGACUCAUCGAAAAAAAAAAACUAAAUGACUUUUUGCAGCGUUUGGAUCAAACUGGUUUCUGCUCUUCAGUGGGUGACGGUCCGCCAGCGUUGGCCUUCAGAUCAGAACCGGGACCGAAGCGGCGGGCCGUAACCAUUCCUGCUCAUCUCUCAUGUCUGGAUUCGCUCCACAUCGUCGAGCUUCCAACACAUUCCUGCACGCCUAGCAUUUAGCUAAUUAGCCUGCUUCUCUAAGUACACACAGCCCUAGACUUUGACUUUUAUUAUUCCAGGUUCUCUUUGGACUCUGGUUUCACACGCUGCUCGCUGCUUUAGCUGGAUUUAUUAGAAACCGUUGCCUGAAUGUGUUGCAGCUCUGAUCUGUUUGGGGGUUGAAUCUCAGUCCCAGUGGUUUUCUGCUCUGCUGGCUCAGCUUAAGUUUAGUUUUCCACAAAUGAAUCGGGUUCAUCGGGACACUAAGGGUUUUUAACCAUUUCUAUUUCUCAUGAAGUAGUUUUUCACCUGACGACGGCGGUUUGUUCUGGACUUUUGUUCACGUUUGGGAGGCGAUGCUAGCUCCCAGGCUAGCGGCUUUAGCUCAGCCCGUCCAGCUGCAGCAUGGAGGAGGGGCCUGCAGAGCAGAACCAGGAAGUGGAUCCAAACUGUCACGUUUUCACCACGAAUCUCCACCGAAACAAUGAGCAUGUUUUAGUUUCAUGUAUGGUGUGGUGUCUUAUCACACUCUUGUUUUUUUUACCAAUAGAAUUGGAAUAAAUUAACCAGGAUCGCACUGUUUUGGGUCUGAUGUCAAAGAAAAAUCUGAAAAAUGUCAGUAUUGGGAGAAACUCUCCUUUGCUUUUGUGUGUGUGUGUGUGUGUGUGUGUGUGUGUGUGUGUGUGUGUGUGUGUGUGUGUGUGUGUGUGUGUGUGUGUGUGUGUGUGUGUGUGUGUGUGUGUGUGUGUGUGUGUGUGUGUGUGUGUGUGUGUGUGUGUGUGUGUGUGUGUGAUGAGGUGGGAUACACUAACAUGAAUAUAUAUGCAGCGUUAUUCUGUUAAAGGUAUGUGCCAACUACAUUUUUUUCCUUCAGAAUAAGUGGAUUUAUUUCCUGCUCCGUCACUGCAGAGUUACAGUUACCUUCACUUAUUAAAUGAUAAAAAUGCACAGAUCAGUGGCAGUAAUCUGAAUCCUGCUCGGUCCUUCACUGAGCUGACGGUUCAAUUUAACGUGCCAAGAUUUUAGAGCGUUUGUGAAUAUUUGUUACCAAUUCUGAGUCCAAAAUGAAAUGAGAAAUUACAAAAGGAAGAUUGAAAUUUAGGGAGUGAGCGUUUCUCCGCUGAUGUUGGGCUUCAGUGUGCAGGAAUGAGAAGAGGCUGAAUCUGGCUAAUUAUUAGUCAUCCAUAAAUCUGACUUUUAAAGCUUUUCCACAGACAUGAAAUAAAGAGGACAAAAUAUCCCAAAACAUGUCAUAAGCUCAAACGAUUCUUGGAGCUGGAAGACAUGGAGCAGCUUCCUGCUUGCUUUGUUUGCCGAGCGAAGCGACUUCCUCAAACCGUCCUGUUUCCUGCAGGCCGGAAUCUUCCAAGUGCAAACAUGAUCAGUGAGCUUUAAAAUGGAGAGUUACUCUGAAAUCAAUCCGUUUGGGUGGUGUUCCUCUUGGACUGCGGGUCUUCAGGGUUCAAACGAGGGAGAGUCUGGGAUGAAUCCAUGGAAAGUUUCACAGAUGAAUGAAAACGGUAAAUAAUGGGUUUUAUCGCUUCACUUUAUUGUUUUGCACAGAUGGAAACGUUUCUGCCGGUGGGAGUGUGUCUGCAGCAGUAUUACUUCUGUCUUCAUGCCAGAACACAGUUUCUCUUCUCUUUUUGUGUUUUAUGUCUUCCUAUAAAAAUAAAGAGAUUUUAGAGAAAUGGUGUCGAUGCUAAAGGAGUGAGUCUCUUCGGCUU